AUGUGCUCUCUCCUAGAGUAUACUACACCAGCCGAGCCCUCCUCACACUCAAAUGUUCAGAGAAUACUAGAGGCUGCCAGUCAAUUUCAGUUUCUGCGUGUGGUGGAUGCAUGUGCUGCCUUUAUGAGCAAGUCUCUGCACCUAGAGAGUUGUAUUGGGAUCCUGAAUCUUGCUGAAAACCAUGCCCUACCGGCUUUGAAGACCAGGGCUCAGGACUACAUAACCUCUCAGUUCUCCCAAGUAGUCCAGCAGCAGGACUUCCUGGAGCUGCCAGCAGAGUCACUGGAGGUGAUCCUGCAGAGGGACGACCUUGAUGUGAAGUGUGAGGAGUGUGUUUUUGAGGCACUCAUGCACUGGGUGAGAGCCCAGCAGGAUGAACGCUAUCCUUUACUGGCCAGGUUGCUUUCACAUGUGCGACUGCCAUUGUUGGAGCCUGCGUACUUUGUUGAAAAAGUGGAAUCAGAUGAACUGAUUCGCCGUUGCAGUGAGGCCUUUCCUCUUUUGCAAGAGGCCCGCACCUAUCACCUCUCCGGCAGGGAGGUGGUCUCUGAACGAACCAAGCCUCGCGUGCAGCACUUUCUAUCAGAGGUGUUCCUGAUAAUUGGAGGAUGCACUAAAGAUGAACGCUUCAUUUCCACUGUCACCUGUUUGGACCCCCUUAGACGCAGCAGGCUGGAGGUUGCCAGGCUUCCAAUCACAGAGAUGGAGGACGAAUCCCAAAACAGAAAAUGGGUGGAGUUUGCCUGCAUCACUUUCCGCAAUGAAGUGUACAUUUCUGGAGGUAAAGAGACACAGCAUGAUGUUUGGAAAUAUAAUGGCGCCCUGGACAAGUGGAUCCAGAUUGAGAGUCUGAUGACUGGGCGCUGGAGACACAAGAUGGCAGUCCAUGGGGGGAAGGUGUAUGUAAUGGGUGGAUUUGAUGGAGUUCAGAGACUCGCUAGCGUAGAGGCCUAUGAUCCCUUUCACAAUCGCUGGACACAGGUGACUCCUCUUGCAGUCGGUGUGAGCUCCUUUGCAGCUGCAAGCUUUGACAAAUGGAUCUAUGUGAUUGGUGGCGGGCCAAAUGGAAAGCUGGCAACUGAUCAGGUCCAGUGUUGGGAACCUGGGACAGACAUCUGGGAACUACGGGCACCCAUUCCCAUCGAAACCAAAUGCACUAAUGCAGUCACAUUCAACAACUGCAUCUAUAUAGUUGGGGGUGCCAUGCACGCCAUGUACCGCUACUCGCCUCUGUCAGACUCCUGGUCCCUUGUGACCCGUCUGGGGGAGAGGGCAAGCUGCGCCAUCGCCGCUUGUAACAACAAACUUUUCAUCACUGGGGACGGGACAACAAGAACCAAGUUAUCUCCACAGUGAUGUGCUGGGACGUUGGCCGGGGAGUGCUGACGGAGGAGUGUGUUUUACCUAUGGGCGUGUCGCACCAUGGCAGUGUGACACUCAUGAAGUCCUACACACACAUACACAGAAUAACACCUACUUCAGAGAGCCAAUGACACAUGC